GAUAGCUUGCCUACCAAAAGUUCUAUGGAAGAAAUCCCAGUAUUUAACGUUCCUGAAAUGAAGAAAGAAGAAAACAAACCGGAAAAAGCAAUACCGACUCAACCAGAAGAUUUAGUCGCUUCAACGCCUAGAAAUUCCAAGAUUAUUACUCCCAAGGUUAUAAAUUCUUCUGAGAUUAUUGAAAUCCCUUCCCCU